ACCCCAACCCCAAACACACACACACACACACACACACACACACAGACCAUCCCGCCCUCAGUCUUACCCUAUCUAACCCUCCUCCUCCCCCUCCUCCUCGGGCACAGCGGGGCUCCUUUCCUUCUCUUCAGCGGGCGAAGCGUCCUCCUCCUGGGCCACACUAUGGAGCUUUCAGCGGCGGGGGACCGCGUGUUUGCCGCCGAGGCCAUCCUGAAGCGGCGCGUCCGCAGGGGACGCAUGGAGUACUUGGUGAAAUGGAAAGGCUGGGCUAUUAAGUACAGCACUUGGGAGCCAGAGGAGAACAUCCUGGAUAACCGCCUCGUUGCUGCUUUCGAACAAAAAGAGAGAGAACAAGAACUCUAUGGACCAAAAAAGAGAGGACCUAAACCUAAAACACUGCUUUUGAAGUCCCGAGCACAGGCUGCUGAAAGCUCACCCAGAGUCCUUGAGUUUAAACCUAUUCGUCCCCAGCCAUCCUCGAAACCCCAGCCUGUACCUGCUCCAGCACCUUCAUACCAUCCCAGUAUCCCUUCAAAUGCUAAGCUGCAGUCGGGAGCUGCCCAGCCUAAAUUGAAGAAAGACAUCCACCGGUGUCAUAGGAUGGCACGACGGCCUUUGCCCCGCCCUGACCCUUUAGCUCCUCCAAUCGGUUCUUCUGGUCCCUUCUCAUCUCGUCCUCCAGUGAGCCCCUUCUGUGAGACAGUCCGCAUCCUUAACCGAAAGGUCAAACCUCGGGAGGUCAAGAAGGGACGAGUGAUCUUAAAUCUAAAAGUAAUGGACAAGGCUGGGACAGCCAAUAACAAAAGGACUCAAAAUUCCAGUCUUCAGUCCCAUGUUGGGCGUCCAAAAAUUCCCUCUCGGAACAGAGUGAUUGGAAAGAGCAGAAAAUUCGGAGAGGUGUCUUUUAGAUGCCUACAGCAACCUAUGAGCGGAGCUGGAUUUUCAGUUUUUAGAAAGCCGAUAGAGGCUUAUUCGAUGGACACUUUUGAGGAAAAGCCGAAAGCGGACCAAAGUGGUCACAAGCCAGGUACAAAUCCAUCGGCAUCAUCUUCUCAUAGUUCAAAAGUCAAGACCUCAGCUGUGUCCGAAGCUUUUGUCGAGCCGCCUCGAUCUGCCUCAAGCUCAGAGGUCUCGGAUGGUGAACCUCAUCUCCCACAUCCACCCCAAUUCCACCCCAAUCAAUUACCCCAAUCAGGUGACUCCAUCUCUCAAAUUUCACAUGCUGCCAAAUCUACUCCUCAGCUAACAGACUCGAAAGCCAAAUUGACUCAGUCGGCUAUGCCUUCCUCCCCAAUGUUCUCUUCUUCCUCCUCUUCUUCAUCAUUAUGUUCCUCAUCUGAAGACAACGAGCACAUCCUGGAUCUCUCUGUGCCUCAUGGAACCGACAGGCGAGCCAGACAGCGGCAACACUUUCGUGGCCGACGGCAGCCUAAAGUUCCCGAAAUUCCGAUAUCCGAAGAGCCCUCGGAGGAAGACCAGGAUCUGGAUUGGCACCCGGAGAUGGCUGCACAGUGUGCCAAUGUGGUCAUUACGGACGUAACAACCAACCUCCUUACUGUCACUAUUAAAGAGUUUUGCCAUCCUCCAGGACUGCCGGCAGUGGCCUCUUCUCCCUGCUGCACCAAUAAUUUAUCUUCAAAAAAGACAUCAUCUUUACCGCCUGCUCCAACCGCAACCCUGAAGUUCAUCGUUGUGAUCUUGGCCGCCGGGAUGGUGGCAUUUGUCGGAGCCGUGAUCUGCAUCAUCGCCGCGGUGCACGGCGGCUCUCCAUCGCCCGCAGCCGCAGCCUCGACCGCCACGCAGCCGCUCGCCGAGAAUCAGUCGCUGACCGCGGGUUCGAGUGUCCUCGCCUUUUCGUCGGGCUCCGUGGCGCGUGUAGGACCGAUAGACGCGCUCCACGGGAACGGGGAGAGAAACAGCCCGGGAUCUCCAACCUUUUACGGUAUCACCGGUGUCAGAACAGGAGGAGAUGGCGGACAGCAGCAGGUGGUAACAGUAAGCCGGCUGAUCUGCACUCCGGUUCCGCCUGGAGAGUGCAGACCGAAAGGCUUCCAGGCGGACGGGCAGUCCGUGUACGCGGCGGACCAGUGGGGGGAUCUCCGUGCCACGGCCGAGGAGCUCAGGCGCACUGUGGAGCAGCAGGAGGAGGAGAUACGCGCCGAGCAGCGCACCAUCCGCCAGCUCACCGGCAAACUCUCCGUCUGCGAAAGCGGCACACGCAUGAGCGAUGGCUUAUGGGCUGGAAGAAGAAACAGAAGAGACGGACUCAUGCUGCAGGACGACGCCGGAGCUCCUGCACUCACCGUCCGGGAACUGGAGAAAGCCAUCAUGCACAUGCAGAAGCGCAUCGAGAAACUAGAGGCAGAAAUGGCUCCACUGGCUCACAACUACAGCGAGUCAGGGCAGAAGGGCAAAGGCAGUGUCUCAAGUGCAGUCACGGUGCAGGGAGCUGCAGCACAGAGGAGUGUAGAAAACCUGGAGCGAGAGCUGAAGCGGAAGAUGCAAGUUCUGGAAGAGGAGAGGAAAACAAUUCGUAAGGAAACGCAGAAACACCAACAGCAUAUUGACCAUGGACUGGAUGCCGUACACCAACGAAUCAGCAGCCUUGAGCAAGGUCUGUCUGAGAAUAGGUUCCCAGAAGGUUACAGACUCUCUUUUCCUCUGAGGAGCAGUUCUAUGUAUGCUUUAGUAAAGCGAGCAAUCCCUACACUCCAUGCCCUCACUGUCUGCAUGUGGCUCCGACCUGCGCAGAGCAUCCUGGGAACUGCAGUUUCAUAUGCCGUGUCAGAGGACCCCCAUGAGCUGGUGCUGCAGCAGUUAGUGAAUGGCCCUGUUGAGCUCCUCAUCAAAAAUGAGGUGGCACAAUUCUAUCUGAACCUGACGGCGGGUUCUUGGCAGCACGUGUGCGCCAGUUGGAACAGGAGAGGAGGAGUGUGGCACGUAUAUGUGGGUGGCAAGCUGAAAGGUGAGGGGAAGGACCUGGCAACCCGCCACUACAUCCGUCCCGGGGGAACGCUUGUCUUGGGCCAGGAACAGGGUUCAGUGGGUGGACUUCGUUUUGAGGCAUCACGGGCUCUUUUAGGUGACCUGUCUCAGUUUAAUAUGUGGGACCGGCCUCUGACUCGUGCAGAGCUUUCAGCUCUAGCUCACUGCAGCACAGGCAUGCUGGGUAAUGUAGUCCCUUGGACCAGCCGUGAGGUUGAAGUUUUUGGAGGGGUCACCAAGCAGUCGGCCGAGCAAUGCAGUCAUCACACUAGCGUGCAACAGUGAAGGGUGACAAUUAAAUCAAGAGGUCAUAUGAUGAGAGGAUUGUGUGAAGGGUGUCAGAGACAAUGUCCGGUGAAUGGAAAGUUUGUGUGGAAUGUUUCUAUAAUUUAAUCACUUAAAGUCAAAAUAUAAGAAAAAAUGUUUAUUGUUUAUUUUUACCAGAAAGUUUUUUUAUGUUUUUGAAAAGAAAAAUGAGAAAGGUUGGAACUUCACAAACAUUCCAUGUUCAGUACUUUCCAUUGUUUAUUUCUUGCACUUUAUAUAUUUUUUUUACUUCUUCAUGUUGAAGAUGUUACAUAAUAAAUAUCUUCAGCAAAAUUAAACCUGAUUGCAAUGCCUGCUGAUAGGGAAACAAUUUAAGGUACUUCACGUAAAAAGUAAAAAUGCAAUGAAAUAUAUACAGUCAGGUUCAUAUUUAUUGUUCAAAGCUGUAAUUAAAGUGUAGACUUUAAGCAUUCAUUUAGGGGGUUUAACCAAAAUAUUUUUCAUUAGCCAAUCAAGCCAUUUACCCCCCUAAAAUAAACGCUGAAAGUAAUAAAUCAUAUUUUGUAAGUCAUAUUUUUAUUUCAUAUCCAUCUUGAUGGUAUAGAGUGGCUAAAUUACAACAAUUGUGUCAAUAAACAAAACUCUAUGCUAAAAUAUGGUCCCAUGUUGUAGAUUAGUUUUUAACCAAUAAGACACCCUAUUAUCUUCUCUAAACCUGUUAAACUCCUGAUUAAAUGCAUUAUUUAUAUUGAUAAAACAGCCUGAAUUGUUGUUCUUAUACUUUCAUGUUCAGUGCCUACAACCAGCUCUUGGAUGCUCUGACAUAAUCAAUACAGAAUCAAUUUCUGCUUUUGCAGAAAGACACUCUAUUUGCCAACAGAAGUUAUAUGGAGAUUUUGGACACUGUCAUCACUCAGACAUCUAUAGGGUAGAUAUGCAUAUUUGUGUCUGAACAGCACAAGAAUGCAAAGUUGUUUUAAAAAAAACAUUUGUUAAAACCAUAAAUUGUUAAAAUAUUAUAUACAAAUUAAUGCCCAGGUUUUAAAACUUUUCCAUUAAGGUCUCUGGGGUUACUCUUUAAAGCCUGUUACUUAGUAAAUACAGUGAAGCUAGUAAGCAUGUUAGGUAGGUAUCCUUAAAGAACUUGAAGUCAGUUAUGGAAUUAUUAAUAAUAUUUUUUUUCUGUUGAAAAUUUUGGCUCAAACUGUUUUCCUACCUGACUAGCCAUAAAGUCCAUAAAGCAUUAAUUAAUCCAUGAUGCAGUGCAUUUCUUUUAGCCAUUGUUCUUGAUAAUUGUAUGUUUAACUUUUGAUAACUGUGAUUCAAACCACAUUCCAUAUAGAAAUGAGAUUGAAUAGUAAGUGUACUAUGUAAUAUACUGUGUAUUUCAUUGAUAUAUAUAUAUAUAUAUAUAUAUAUAUAUAUAUAUAUAUAUAUAUAUAUAUAUAUAUAUAUAUAUAUAAAAUAAGAAAGGUGGAAAAGUUCUGUUGAGGUGUCCGUCCUGAAACUGAACACGGAGCGGACGCCAGCAAACAGUGGACUUGCACCUGUUAUAAUUGCAGAAGAUAUGACUGAGAAGAUAUGAAUAUUGUUUUGCACAUUUUCAUGAGCGAUAUUUGCAAGCGGUAGCAGCAUGCAGUAGCACAAGAAGGAAAUUCUGACAGCUGAACUGAGAAGAACUAACAAGUUAUCAUUUACCUUUAUGGUUUAUCUUUUUUAAACUUUACAGAUGUCCAGUUGUUUAUUAAGUUUAAUGUGGUGCCUGUUAUUUGUUUCAAAUUUAAACUCAUGUGGUCCCUGUGAUGUCAUGUACUUGGUGUAUACAUAAAAAUAUCUCGUUAAAAAAAAUAUUGCUUUAAA